AAAAUCGCUUUAUUUUCGAAUGUAAAGUGUAAGUGUGUGCAGUGUGUCCAAGAUAGGUGAAACCGAGGUCGAUGAUGAUGAGGGAUGUGGAGGGACCAAUCUAAACUGGACGUUAUGUUACUUCUAUGUGAAGAGGAUUUUAACCAUCCUAAUGCCUUUUUAUGAUGACAUGAAGGAGGAUCCCAGGAUGAAUCUAACCCUGAACACCUCGGCGAAAUGGGUGAUAGAGGCCUCCCGGGGUAUACAGAACCCGAACACGUUGCUCGAGAAGUUCUCCACCAAUCGGAAGGUCGACGACCCGACGAGAUCAGUGCUGCUGACGUUCUAUGGAAUCCUGGUAGUUAUCGGCGCGGUGGGAAAUGCUCUGGUUGUUAUAUCUGUAGUCCGAAAACCAGUGAUGCGCACCGCUCGCAACAUGUUCAUUGUGAACCUAGCAGUGUCCGACGCUCUCGUCUGCUGCGUGGGCACUCCUCUCACCCUCAUGGAGCUCCUGACGAAGCACUGGCCUCUGCCGGACUGGCCCAGUCUGUGCAAAGCCUGCGGCGCCAUCCAAGCCAUAUCGAUCUUCGUGUCAACGAUAUCGAUUACGGCGAUUGCUUUGGAUAGGUAUCAGCUGAUCGUGUACCCCACGCGGCCAGGUCUGCAGACGAUGGGGACCCUGGUCACCAUGUUCUUCAUAUGGGUCACCGCCUUCUGCCUGGCCUCACCCCUGUACAUAUACCGAAGCCUGAAGACCCAUAAGCUUGGACUACUAGGCAUGGACUCUAUCAGCUUCUGCAUCGAAGACUGGCCCAUAGAAAACGGAAGGGCAGUAUACUCUCUAUUUAGUCUAAUAUUCCAAUAUCUCCUACCAGUUCUGGUGGUGGUCAUGGCCCACCUCCAGAUCCACAGAAGAUUACGAGGCAGAAGACGAACGACGAGAAAAACACCAGCCAUCCUAAUAGCCAUAGCAGUAACUUACGUCAUAAGCUGGCUGCCCUUAAACGUUUUCAACAUAGUAGCAGAUAUAAACGCCAAUCUCAUUCUGGAUGAGAAGAAGAUCGUUAUAACCUACGCUGUAUGCCACAUGUUCGGGAUGUCCAGCGCGGUUUCCAAUCCUCUACUCUAUGGAUGGCUGAAUGAUAACUUCAGGAAGGAGUUUGAGGAGAUACUGUGCUGUUGUCGAAAAAAGGGACAGAUGAAGAACGUGCGAAAGAGUAGGAAGAUGGAGACGGAGCUGACAGCACUCCAGGAGCACACCGUCACAGCGAACACGAAAACGUCACAAUGUUCGCAGAUUUUCUGACUAAAGCCGUGUUUCAAAUAGCGUAAUGUAUUUGAAGUAAAAGACUUUUAAGGUGUUUAAUGUUCCUUGUGUGAUCCAAACCUUGAGAUACUCCCAGUUGACUGCCUUCUGGUUUGGAUUUGCUUUCGAUUUUCCGGGAAAUCGAAUGCCUUUAGGCUGAUUUUAUUGUCACGCUGACCGAGCGUUCGACGCUGAUGGCCCGAGGUUUAGAAGUUAUUAGGAAGCGCCUAACGCGUUUUGCUAUUUCCUACAUUUUGCUGUCAGCGCCGACGGUCAGCGUGUCUAAAAUCAGCAAAUCUGUGUUUGUAUAUACCUCUAGAUCUUGGGGCAUACGUUUUUCUGAGCCCAAAACGUAUUCCCCCGUAGUAUGUAAGCUGAAUGUAAAUUUCUGAAUAAAAUCUUGUUCUUG